AUGUCCGACGUACCUCCGGAAAUCAUCACCAUCAUCCUCAGCCGUCUCCCAGUGAAAUCUCUUCUGCGUUUUCGCCGUGUCUCCAAGCCAUGGCGCUCUCUGAUCGACUGCCGCGAUUUCAUCAAACUCCAUCUGCGCCUCUCAGCCGAGACCAACUCCAAUCGCGCCCUUAUAGUGCGAUCGAACGAGCUUUUCUGCGUAGAUCUGGACUUCUUCGAGCUAUUAGACGCCGGAAACAUCCGAUUCAAGCCGCGGAACGCCCUCUGCUCCUGCAACGGUCUGGUCCUCCUCGUGUCACACUCCGACGAGGUCGCCCUCUGGAAUCCUUCAACGAGAAAACUCAACAAACUGCCGCCGUCGCCCGCGUUCAGUCAUUGGCCAGCCCAAUACGCCCUGGGCUACGACUCGAAGCAUGAUGACUACAAAGUCGUACGGGUGGUCCCGGAUUACAAGUUGCUGGAGGAUGGGGAGUAA